AUGAGCGGAAUGGCCGAGCGGAAGGCGAAGAGAAAAGACUCGCUCGUGGAGUUAGAGAAUUUUAUAGACUCGUAUUCUAAUCCUGAUACUGAACAAGGAAAUGAUGAGACGGCUCAAAUGGUCAAUGUGCUCAGAGAACAAAUGAUGAUGAACUUGAACUUGUUGAGUACAAUGGGCGUUGGGAUGCCCAACCCCCUCGGAAUGCAAGCUAUGCCGAACCCACUUGCGCCUGGGUUGAACCCACUUGCUCAGACGGCAAUAAAUCCAUUUUUGCUGAAUCCUCUUUUAAAUCCACUCAUGGCAAUGGGUGGGAAGUCGCCGUAUAUGAUGAGCCCGCCUGUUCAGCAGACUCAAGAAAUGCCUAAACCGCCACAAAUUAUCCCAAUUCCUAAAGGUCAAAGCGCAGGAGACAGUCCGUUUCCGACUGUUAUGAUCCCUGGCUACGGCCCAUGUCUGAUGGUCCCUCAACAACCACAGCAAUCAGCUCACUCUUUUCCCAAUCAAAAAAUGAGUCAAAAAGAAGCCCAAGAGCAUUUUAUUAAUGCGAAGAUGCAGCACGGAAGUCAUAACAAGAACUUUCAUGGAGGGAAUCAACCCUUAACGAGAUCUGUCUCGGAUGAUAAGCGCAGAAACAGCUUAAAGCACAUGGCCCCGCCAUCAGAUAGACGAGAAAGCUUGCCAGAUUUGAAAUUUUUUCCAAAGCAAGAUUCGGGCAACAGAAGAAGACAUUCUCUAGCAGCGGUUCAAGGAAUCAAAGAAGAAAGAGUGGCCAUAAAAUCCAAAGUUUCAGGAUCAAUUCAAAAACUUGCUGAAUCUAAAGGAGUACGGCGAACAGUUGUGAUAAAGUCCCGGGAAAAAGUUAACGAACCUUCAUGUGAAUCCUCAAUUGACGAUGAAGAUGAUGACGAAAGAGAAACUCGAGUUCGAAGAUCGUCAAUAAAAGGAGGGCAUGAAAUCUAUGUUCAGCCUCAUCGACGAUCCUCGGUCCCGGACAUCAUGGUCACUACUACUGUCACACCGAAGCCAAUCAAAUCGAUUCUAAAGAAAGCACCUGCUAAAGUGAAAGUUCAAGAGAACAACGAGAAGGACUUGACGUCUUUUACCCAAGUUUUGAAUAAGCUGGGAACGGAAGACGAGGACUUGCCGAAAAUCGCAGACCUCAUUGUGAAAAAAGCGAUUGAUAACGAAAAGAAUGUUUCUCGGCUGGUCAUUAUUUGCAGAGACAUGAUAACUGCGAAGCCAAUGUUCCGACAAAACCUGCUCGUCACUCUCCAAAAGAAACACAAAGACCGUCAUCUAAUCAAGGAAGACUGCAGAUUGAGAUAUCUUUCGCUUAUAAGAUUUCUCAUCGAGAUUUAUACAACUCUGAAAACAUCUGACGGUUCAUCUUUCGUUGUUCUUACGAAGCCGAUCAAAAUAAGUCUGAUUGAGAUUAUUGACGAUGAGGAAUUCGGUCCUGAUGAAGGGAAUUUGCUUGUCUACGCUUUGCCAAAGCUCGGCCCACCGCUUGCCAUUGAUGACUCUGACGCUCUUGAAUUGCUCAUGGCUUCUAUCAGAACUCUUGCCAUCACUGGAGAAGGAUUAUCUGAUAAGUCCCGAAAACAGCUGCUGAAAAUUGUGGAAUGUUACGCAAAUUACUGUUUCAAAAGUUUGCCUCCUGCUGCCAAAGAAUACUACAACCAAUAA